AUUGGUGGAUGAAAAUAUUUUUCCUUUUCUCUUUCUGUUUCUCCUCUCUUUCUCUCUUGCCCCUCAUAAAGUGGCUAUCCGGCUGCUACGCGGAGCGGCGGAGCCACCACUCUCGAAACUAUACUGCUGCCUGCACGUAUCCGUCGUUUGGGCCCAAAGACUUCAGUCUGACGCGUGCUGUCGUAGAGUUCACAUCAGUGUCGUUGCCGUUGAAGGAAAACGAAUAAAUUUCGCGCUGCGUAACAAUUAUUUCAUAACAAAACGAGAGAAAUCGUAUAAAGACAAAUAUAAAAAUCAUUGAAGCGAGUAUUUUUCAUUGUUACACGUUGAAAAUGGUAGUUUCCGAACCCAAACCAUAAAAAUGUGAGUUUUAAUUCGAUAAAAAACGUGAGUGCAAUUGUUUGUGUUUAUACAUCGCGAGGGGGCUCUUUGGGAUAAUCCAAAUUUUGAAUAAUGUUCCAAAGUGCAUCCCCGACCAUUUAGUGUGUCCCGAUAUCUUCGAAAAACAGAAGUUGAAAACGUUUUUACCCGUUCAGUGUUUCUUCUCCCACAAUUAGUUUUUCUUUCGUAAAUAUGAAUGAGAACGGUCCCAAAGUCGAAUUUGCCCUCGGGAGCCAAGUAUCGCCCGGGCAUUAUUUCAAGAGUUCGUUCGCUCGAUCCUUCGUGACCAACUGCCGUGACGCAAAGUCUCUGGACCUCGAGUUUGCGGAUAACGGAACUAACGAUGAGGAAUCCGAGAACAAUCUCUUUUCCGACAGUAAAAACAAUCAUUUUUUCUCACUUAUGAAUUUUGGGACACCCGAGCCCCGCGACGGCUCUAAUGGACCACAAUCUUCCACAUGGCAGGCUUUCAAUGAGGCGCCCCCAAGCACUCCGGAUAUCGGGGAGUUGGACAAGCUUCGAAAGCAAUGCCAGAGCCUCACCGAGGAAAAUCGGAGACUCGCAGAAUCGCUGCAAACGAGCCAGGUACCCCGCGCCCAAAUGAUCGACAACGUUCUUCUGCAGACGCAGAUCGACACGCUCCAAUGGCAGCUCAAACAGACGGAGGCGAACAGGCAAAUGUACCGUUCACUUAUGGGUCAAAUCGUUCGCUUCCUGGAGCGAGCUCGCAAGAGCCUGGACAUUCUUCACGAGAAGAGUAAUCCGAAAGGCAAAAUUUCGCGUGUACCGCGGAGUCGCAGCGUGCAGGGAAUCGACGAGAGGGACGACAGCAUCGGGAGGAACAAGAAGCGCGACAACGACGUCGCCGCAGCCUCAACGAACAAUCGUCCGAUUGGAAACAGCCCCGGCUCGAGAUUCACCAGAGCCAAAUCCGUCGCUCAAAUAUCCCCGCAACCCUCGAACGGCAUUCGCGACUUCACCUGGUCCGUUUUACGGAAAAACGACCCCGGGCAUUCCACCCCACCGAGGAGCAAAUCCAAACAACAGCUCAAUCAAUCCUUCUCGCCUUCCCCCACUCCGCUCAACGAACUCAAUCAAACCCACGAAGGAGUCAUCUAUAGGAGACCCCAACACCCUGCUGAAAUCGACCCUGACAAUGUGCCACCCGAGAAAUUGUCGCAGGAAGCCUUUCGGUUGAUGAGAACGGUCCAAUCGUUGUUGGCGAUGCGUGAACCGGAUUUGGCGAUGAUAUCAUCGAACGAGGAGGAAGAAAUGUUCGGCUCGAUGAUCGGGAACGAGUUGUCGUCGUCGUCCCUGAGGAACAGCAGCUUCGUAAAUUCUACGUUAUUGAACGACGCGAUGUCGUACAACGAGGGCUGCUCGUCGAGUGAGCGAGGGAGCACGGAGUCCGGUGGAGAGACGAACGAGAGAGAAAAGUACGGGAAAGCGUCGGUGAACGGUUUGGACAAUUCGACGAGCAGCACGAGCACGCUGCAGACGUUGGUACCGCGGGCGAGGCGCUCGAUCGACGCGACCUCGAUGAACUCCAACUCUGGGAGCAGCAAAACUACGGAGGAGGAUGAGGAGGAGGAGAAUCGAGGGAACUCGACGGGUUCCGGAGAAUCGACCCUCUCGACGGAACUGGCUUUCAAAGGGAAGCGCGAGGUUUGCCCGACUUCGACGCCGAGUCGUCGCGCAGCUAACAAAGCCGACAAAAAGGAACCCUCCCGGUGGCUGAGGUCGAAAAUUCGACCGAAAUCAUCGAGAAGCGUCAGCAGCGCCGAAGACGAAAGUGGGUUUUCAUCCAUGAGCUCCUUCCAAGAAGUCGGACUUCCUUUGCAAUUCGUACCGAGCACGCUCAGCCCCAUCAAGGGCUGCCACACCGAAGUCGGCCUGCCAGAAAUCCCCAUCGAGAAAAUUCCCCAUCGCAGAUGGUCCUCGACGCCCGCCGAAAUAGCCGCCAUCUUCAAAAGACACAGCACACAUUUCGCUGGAAGCACUUCCGGCACUUCCGAAUCCCUCAGCGUUUGGGUCUGACGGAAUGCGGCUUCGCCGAUUACGAAACCAGCGAGCGAAGCUCACCUCUUGCUAUGUACAUAAAACCACACGGAAACCCUUCAGCACGUUUAUUUAUACACGACCUUUUUGGGUUCAUCGAAUCAAGUGUCAUCGUUGCCCCAUUUUUCCCGCCCAUCUAACUUUCAAUUAUUCCAUUUUUCAAACAAUUUUCAUUUUUUUCAAUCCCCCUUUCUUCGUACGAGUUAUCGUCAUCGUGUUUUCUCAUUUGCUUUAAUGCAGUUUGACAGAAUAUUUUCAAUUAACAUCGCUAAAGAACAUUGAGAUUCGUUUAAAUAAUAUUGCCCGCACUUUCUGCUUCGUUCUCGUUCAACGUUGCUUUCGUGCUUUGAGUCAAAUCGUGUACCCAAACCUGUGGCCAAGGCCCCCCCCCCCCCCCCCCCCCCGUUGUCUCUCCAGCCUGAGGCUUUCGCCUUUUUUUCAUUCGAAUAAGUUUAAUUAAUAAGUUUGAUUCCUAAUUUCCGUGAGAUCGGAGGUAUUUUUUUUCAACCCGAUCGAUGUCAGUCCAGCAUCGUCCGAAAGCAAAAAACAAAAGAUUUUCGGUUAUUCGAACUUUGCUGCUGUUUUCCGAGCCAUGAAUGUUUGUUAAUCAGAGCGGUUCAUUAUUACGAAUACUUGGAUUUGCUGCUACUGUGACGAAUUUUUGUAAACUUUUUUUAAUAAUAUUAUCAUAUAAUAUCACGAUUAUAUCAUAAUAAUUAUAAUUCAAUGGAAAACCGUUUUGCCACAAUGAUUCGUAAUGAUAUCGACAAAUGAAGUAUUUCGAUGAUAAUUUUCCCUCCGACGACACACUUCGCGUAUGAAAACGAUGAAAAAAAGCAUCGGCAUAGAUUUUUCCACCGUAAAUACGUUUCCAACCUUUCGAUUGCACGUCGCUGUCAAUUUGUACCUCUGACUUUUCGUUUUCCUCGUGAAAACAGAAGAAAAAAAAAACAGUUUAAUUACACACCUUGGAUAAUGAAGAGAACGUAUUCGGUGCAAAAUUGACGAUGGAAAAUUCAUUUAAAAAAAAAAAAAAAAAAAAAAAAAAAUCGAAAACGUAAAGAAAAUAAGAUUGCGUUUAUAAAAAAAUGGCAACAGUCGUGAGUGAAUAUUCGGUGGUGUACAUUCGACUGGAAAAAGCGCCUUAUCUCAUAAACUGCAGGACGAGAAGUGAUACCAAAUUGAAUUUAUCGAAGAGUGGUAUAUGAGUAAUAAUUUGAUAAAAAUAGAGAUAGAGCAGCGUGUAUCAAUUUUUUUGUACGUUUAGUCAUUCGUUAAUAUUUUCCGUGGUAUAUUUAUUUACGUGACCGUUGUCAAAUGUUUGCGAGCGUUAAUCUGAAAUUCCGGACACGUAAAUCCUCACUGUGAGUACGUAUUUUUAAAAAAAGAUAUAUAUAUAUAUAUAUUCGUGCGAAUUUGUCCCCGUGGUAAAAAAGAAGGAUAUAAAAAGUUAAUUAAUACAUUAAGAACGGCUGGAGCUGAACAUUUUUUCAUUUUUAUGUGAAUUUUUAUUCGAAUGAAAAGCUUGUGAAUUAAAAAUUGAUUACUGUUCGAUAAAAA